AUGGACGCUCCCAUCUCGUCACCAUCGCAGGGCGGUGCCUCCUCCACCGCAGCGGCCUCUUCGCUCCGCACAUCGCCCGACCAGAUGGCCUCGGCGCCCGCCCCGCCACCCCAGGACCUGAGGAAACCCUCAACCGACGUCUUUCUCAAGGAUUUUACCCUCGUCGCCGAGGCGGCCAAGCGCGCCCAAGUCGCCGUCAUGGUCCGCGACUUUGAAAAUUGUGGCCUAUAG